CCCGGGGGCGGUGCUGUCCCCAGGGCGGUGCUGUGCCGGGGCCCGCCCCGCUCCGUUCCGCUUCCGGGCCGCGGCCGCCCGGGCGGGGCGGCGCUUCCGGCCGCGCGCGAGCGGGGAGAGCAGGCGCAGCCGCGGAUGCGCAGGACGCGCGGAGCCGUCGCGCUGAGCCAUGGCGUACCAGCUGUACAGGAACACCACGCUGGGGAACAGCCUGCAGGAGAGCCUCGAUGAGCUCAUACAGUCACAGCAAAUCACACCUCAGUUGGCCCUUCAGGUGCUACUUCAGUUUGAUAAAGCUAUAAAUUCAGCACUGGCACAGCGAGUCAGGAACAGAGUGAAUUUCAGGGGCUCUCUGAACACAUACAGGUUCUGUGACAAUGUAUGGACAUUUGUACUCAAUGACGUGGAGUUUAGGGAGGUCACCGAACUUGUGAAAGUGGAUAAAGUGAAAAUUGUAGCAUGUGAUGGAAAAAACACUGGUUCCAAUACUGCAGAAUGAAUAGACCUGUGGUUUGUCUGCAAUAUUUUCUAUUAAUGUGCAGCACUUUCUGGAGAGAAGCAUGGAAAGGGACUGAUCAUACUCAAUUCUUCUGAUGCAGAUGUGAGUUAAUCCAUACUAGAAAGCAUCACAGAAUGACAGCGGAAGAAAUACCUGUAGCAUUUCUUCAUUUCACCUUAUAGGGCAUGAAUACAAUAUUACCUUUUUUUAAAUUACAAGAUACUGUUGUCUUUUUUUGUUCAAAAUAAUUUCUGUAAUAAACUUUUAUUUAAAAACUUUUGAAA